UCCGCCAUUUGAAAUAUUUGAACUUCCUUGUGACAACUUCCAAUGUACGUUUUGGUUUACACUGGACAAUUAUCAGAAGAUCUGGGUGAAUAGCCGCCGUUUUUGCGUCCCAUGCACGUUGGGAUCCCGACGUCGGUAGUUUUGUUACCCGAUUGGACCAAAAAGCGUUGAAAAGUGUGCGAAUGCUGCGCGUAUUCGAAACGUGUUCAACAACGGAACGCGGUAAAGUUUUUGCAUGAGUUGAACGCUGCUUGCGGAUAAGGAGAGGCGAAGGGAAGGCCUGUGAAGCCUGGGCUUUUUUCUAGCGCUAGUCAUGGCCGGAAAUUUUGAUUCGGAGGACCGAGGGAGCUGGUAUUGGGGGAGAUUAAGCCGGCAAGAGGCGGUUUCGCUGCUCCAAGGGCAGAGGCAUGGAGUGUUCCUGGUGCGGGACUCGAUCACUAUUCCCGGGGACUACGUGCUGUCUGUGUCGGAGAACUCCAAAGUCUCUCAUUACAUAAUAAACAGCAUCAGCAGCAAUCGCCAGUCAGGACCAGGGCUUGUGCCUCCUCGGUUCCGGAUUGGAGAUCAGGAAUUUGAUGCCUUACCUGCCCUGUUGGAGUUCUACAAAAUCCACUACCUGGACACCACCACUCUCAUUGAGCCCAUCAGCAAAUCCAAGCACUCCUCCUUCAUCAGCGUCAAUGCGGGGACAGGAGGAGCUCCUCCGAGGCUGGAAGAGGAGUACGUCAGAGCUCUCUUCGACUUUCCCGGCAACGACGACGAGGACCUUCCAUUUCGAAAGGGUGAUGUUCUCCGAGUGCUGGAAAAGCCGGAGGAGCAGUGGUGGAAUGCUCAGAAUUCAGAAGGCCGUGUUGGCAUGAUCCCUGUGCCCUAUGUGGAGAAGUACCGACCUGCCUCACCAACAUCAGGUGCACCCGGCGGGUCAGUCGGAGGAUCCGGCGCUCACGGCAACUCUGACGGCCACAGUGCUCAGUCUCCACCUCUGCUUGGUGAACCGGGCCAAUACGCCCAGCCCACAUCCUUACCCAAUCUACAGAAUGGCCCAGUUUAUGCCAGGGCGAUUCAGAAGAGAGUCCCCAAUGCCUAUGAUAAGACGGCUCUUGCUUUGGAGGUCGGCGACAUGGUGAAGGUGACCAAGAUCAAUGUAAACGGGCAGUGGGAGGGUGAAUGCAAGGGAAAGCAUGGCCAUUUUCCCUUCACCCACGUCCGCUUGCUGGACCAGCACAAUCCAGAGGACGAACUGAGCUGAGAGAGCAGACUGUCUUCCAUAGCAGCCCUUAGAUGUACACUCUCACACACACAUACACACACAAACAUGCACUCCGGCUCCUCACACAUCCUCACUACUGCCCUUUACCUGUCCGCCUCGUCAUUACCUUGUGCCAUUGUGUCUCAUGCCAAUGUACACAAUUCCCUUGUUAGGUUUUAUGCAAUAAUUAAAGAUAUUUACCAAGUAAACACUAAAUUCCACAUACAACACCGUACACUACAGAGAGAGGAGCAUUAGUGUGUGGCUUCUUGUGAACUGAGAAAAGAAGAAGAAGAAGCCUGCAUGGACUUAAAACAUGAGCAGUUUCUGGUGUCUUAACAGGGGAUUGUUUCUUUGCUUCUUUGAAUGCGGUAGCAAACACUACUUUGUGUCCUAGAACACAGCGGCUUUCACACUACAACCUACAUGAAAAUAUCCAGAACAAAUGAGCUUUGAAUAGUUUUUAGUCUUUUUGAUUAGCUUGGCACCACCCAACGGUGUCAUGAAGCGGUUCCUACUAGGGCGGUACACUAUAUAUGAAAGAUGGAGAAGCCCGAACCCUCACCGCAUUGUUUUAUUUAUGCACAUGUGUAAUGUAUACAAGAUGGGCCAUGCGUCAUUAUUCACUACCGCUAAGUAACUUUUGUUUUACUACAUUUUCAUUAUAUAUUAUCAGGAAACGCUACUUGCUCCUUUCACCAUUAUUGCUGUACUUGGAAGUAUUACACUAAAUGAGGAUCUGUUGAAUGUGUAACUCUAAUUUUUAAUGCUAGACUCAAUACAUCAACAUACGGUAGACUAAUUUGAUUUUUGUUGUCGUUUUUAAAUAAGAAUCCAAUAUUGUGAUAUUUACACUCAAAAUAGCCUAUGUGUUUUUGCCAAAACUUCCCUUGCCAAGGUUGAAAAUACAAAUGGUGGUGGUUGUAGUGAAUCUCUCAUAUAGAGUGGUCCAAAACUAUGUUAUGAUGUUUCUAAAUCAACCCGUUAUUAAUACAAUAAUGUGGUAGGAUUUUAUGAAGUGUCACAUUAACCUGACCUAAUGCCUCAAAUGUGUUUUGCUCAAUUGAUUUUGCACAUAUGAGUAGCCUUUCUCUACGAUUGGUUUUUGUAUUGAUUUUAUUUUUAAACAUCAGUCUCCAUCAUGCCUAUGUUAUCUUUCUCAAUGCUACAAAUGUAAUGUAUUUUGACAUUUAAUGCCCAAAUAAGACAUUGUUAUCCUAAUGCCCUGCCUUAAUUGCAGAUUGUUUUCAAUGACCAAAUCAGCAAUGUCUUUAGCCUAAUUAGUUAAAUGUUAAAUGUGGGGGGAGCAGUGGAGAAUGUUUUGUUUUGGUCUUGCAAAAUAUUUUAUUUAAUUUUUUACCCUACUUCCAUUACUAUUAAACGACAUAUUUAGAGAUAGAAGCCGAAUGUCUGUGAACAAAUGAUAACGCUAAUAGACAGGCUACCAGAACAACACUAUCAAAUCUUAAUGCUUUUACCCUUUACCUUUAUUUGUUGUUACUUUUAAAAGGAAAAAGUUGACUAACUUUGUUUGGUAACAAUGACAAUCACCUGGAAACUCUUCUGUUGUCACACCUUAAUGUUAGAAAGCUAUGUCGUGUAUGUGUGUAGGUUAGCUGUAUGUUGUCAAGAUGUGACAGCAAGCCGGCCAUGUUAUGUAAUUGUCACAAGUCGUAAUUAUGAAGGACUUUGAUGUACAUGAUCUGUCUUAUUAAUUGUCUAUGUUUGAGUCAGGAAUGACCUUGAUGAAAUUAGAUCACUAAAAUCAGUCACAAAAGCAAAGUUGGAGUCUCGUCAGUCUGAACUCUCUCAUCUGUGUCCUGUGAGAAUGGUUUCAUGUCAUAAAAAGCAUCACUUUCGUCUAAGACUGAGUUGAAUGAGUAAUCCAAUUGCAAGUCUUGUCUGUGCAUUUAAUUGUACCCAAAGUAUUAUGUUUAGAACCUAAAUAUCAACACGGUAAUUUUGUGAAAUUAAUCUUGUGUUAUCCUUUAUGUGCAUCCAAGUCUGUCAGAACAGUGUUUUGAGUCACACAAAAAAGUCCUACGUUUUUGUUAAAGUUUUAUUCCUGUACAUGAAAUAAAGUUGACCCCAUAGUAA